CGUGGCGCGAUAUAUAUAGCUCACUCUUACGGACAGUGUGCAAACUCUUAGUUGUGUGUGCGCGAAAAAGAGUGACUCAAAAGAGCGAGUUAUGUUUCCGAAUGAGAAUAAUAAUAACGGCUACCACCACCAACCACCACCGCCGCCGGGAAUGUUACAAACUCAUAAUCACAGAGACCGAGCCCGCCGUGGCACUCGCCGGUCACGUGCUUCCACUUCUUCUCCCCUUAUUAGGGUUUCCGAUACUGAGCAACAGCAACAACUUCAACCUCAACCUCAUCGACCUCCUUGCACCGAUUACGACAUGGCUUAUUUCCAUUCCUACGCUCACCUCGGUAUUCACCAGGAGAUGAUCAAGGAUCAUGUGCGGACUGAAACAUAUAGGGAAGCAAUCAUGCGUCAUCAGAGUUUUAUUGCUGGCAAAGUCGUAGUUGACGUUGGAUGCGGUACAGGAAUCCUUUCCAUAUUUUGUGCUCAGGCCGGUGCAAAGCGGGUGUAUGCAGUUGAUGCUAGUGACAUUGCUCUGCAGGCAAAUGAAGUCGUUAAAGCAAAUAACCUGUCUGAUGUUGUUAUUGUAUUGCAUGGACGAGUUGAGGAUGUUGAAAUUGAGGAAGAGGUGGAUGUUAUAAUUUCAGAAUGGAUGGGUUAUAUGCUUCUAUAUGAGAGCAUGCUUGGGAGUGUGAUUACUGCUAGAGAUCGCUGGCUGAAACCUGGUGGUCUCAUUCUUCCCUCAAGUGCAAAUUUGUACAUGGCUCCUGUCACACAUACCGACAGAUACAAUGACAGCGUCGACUUUUGGCGCAAUGUUUAUGGAAUUGAUAUGUCUGCCAUGUUAUCAUUAGCAAAACAGUGUGCAUUCGAGGAACCUUCUGUGGAGAUGAUAACUGGUGAAAAUAUUUUGUCAUGGCCACAUUUGGUAAAACAUAUUGAUAGUUAUUCUGUUACCAUCAAUGAGUUAGAAACUGUAACAACGAAGUUUAAGCUCAAAUCAAUGAUGCGAGCUCCAUUACAUGGUUUUGCAUUUUGGUUUGAUGUUGAAUUUAAUGGGCCUACAAUAGAACCAACCAAUUAUCAUUCAUCAACAUCAUUUACUGAGAAUCAUCAGGGGAACGGUAGUCUGAGCAAAAAAAGGCCCAAUCCAAAUGAAGCACUGGUCCUAUCCACUGCACCCGAGGAACCUCCAACACAUUGGCAGCAGACCCUGAUAUACUUCUAUGAUCCUAUUGAGCUGGAACAAGAUCAACUAAUUGAAGGUUUAGUGACGUUGACACAAAGCAAAGAAAAUGCUCGGUUUAUGAAUAUUCACCUUGAAUAUACUUCAGGCAAUCGAUCUUAUGUGAAAGAGUCUGUUAUGAGAUGAUCUGAAUAUGGGACUGUUGCAUAUAUAUAUCUUCGCGGGCUUCUUUCGCCAACAGAAUUAAGAUCUAAUUGUUUGGGUCACGGAAACCACUAAUCCUUGCUUGGUAGAUUAGAAUGAGCUACUGAAGGACCUGUAAGCAUAUUUAGUUAGGUCAAUCAAAUGGGAUUUUCUUUGUAACUCAUUGGUAUUAAAUUAUACAGGAGUGGCUGAGUAAUGUCACAAUUCGUUUAUUAUUGUAAUUUUUUUAAGCUUCACUCUGGUGGGGCUAUGCCAUAUCAGUUUUCACUUAGAGCUUUGCUGGAAUACGAUGAAUUAUUUUUAAACCACGUUCUUGUCAAUUUAUCUGGAA